ACAAGCAGACCAUAUGAUUCAGCCUCCUACCACUCACCACUUCCCCUCAACUCUCUCUUUCUCUUCAUCUUCAUUAAAAAGUGAAAAAAAAAAAUUGAAAACAAAAUCUUUCUCUUUCUUUCACCAGACCCAAAAAUCCCUUUAAAGACAUGGGAAUUCGAUGUUCUUGGGUCAAUUAAGAUUAUAUUGCACUUUCUAGAUAUAUAUAUUUCUAAACGAUAAUCCUUUUGUUGGGGAGGACAAGGAAAAAAACAAUGUCUGCAAUUAGGAGUAUGAUAAUCCGGUCGAGGUCCCACCGGGUGGUGCGGGACGGGCCGGCGUCGGAGCCGGAGGAUUGGCAUGGAGGGGAUACGUCUUGCUGGGCAAACAUGCCACAGGAACUCUUAAGAGAGGUUCUUUUGAGAAUAGAAGCAUCAGAAAGCAGUUGGCCUUCCAGAAAAAGCGUGGUGGCUUGUGCUGGUGUUUGCAGGACCUGGAGACAUAUCACUAAGGAUUUAGUCAAAGUCCCUGAAUUUUCCGGCAGGCUCACCUUCCCCAUCUCCGUCAAGCAGCCUGGUCCAAGGGAUUUUCUCCUGCAAUGCUUUAUAAGGCGGUGUCGGUCCACUCAGAUGUACUAUCUUUACCUCAGUUUAACUAAUGCACUAACUGAUGAUGGAAAAUUCCUUCUUGCUGCACGCAAAUGUAGACGCCCCACCUUCACAGAUUAUAUCAUCUCUCUAGAUGCUGACAAUAUGUCAAAGGGGAGUAGCACUUAUGUUGGGAAGCUAAGAUCAAAUUUUCUGGGAACCAAGUUCACAGUCUUUGACGGACAGCUCCCUCAUGCUGGGGCAAAGAUGGCAAAAAGUCGCUCCACUAGGCUAGUAAAUACGAAACAAGUUUCUCCUAGGGUCCCUGCUGGGAACUAUCCUGUAGCACACAUCUCAUAUGAAUUGAAUGUGUUGGGUUCCAGGGGUCCAAGGAAAAUGCAGUGUACUAUGGAUGCUAUCCCUGCCACUUCUAUUGAACCUGGUGGAGUGGCCCCCACACAGACUGAAUUUUCUCAUCACAGUGUAGAUUUCUUUCCAUCACUCCCUUUCUUCCUUUCAAAAUCAAAUCGUGCAGAGAAAUUUCUAUCAGGACCUUUGUCCAGUCAGAAAGAUGGAGCAUUGGUAUUGAAAAACAAGGCUCCAAGGUGGCAUGAGCAGCUCCAAUGUUGGUGUUUGAACUUCCAUGGGCGAGUGACAGUUGCUUCAGUGAAAAACUUUCAGCUGGUUGCUUCCCCUGAAAAUGGUCCUGCGGGUCCAGAACAUGAGAAGAUCAUCCUUCAAUUUGGGAAAGUGGGGAAGGAUUUGUUUACCAUGGAUUACCGGUACCCAAUCUCUGCUUUCCAAGCAUUUGCAAUUUGCCUCAGCAGCUUUGACACCAAGAUUGCUUGUGAAUGAUAAUUGAACAGGUGCGAAGUUUCAAGGUUCAAGGUCCCAGUUGUGAUGCGAUUGAAAGAGACUGUAGCUUGUUCUGUAAGAUUAGAUUGCAAAUGAAAGAUUUUUGCUAAUGAAAUGGGAAGACUGCAGCUUGUUCGAGAUUUUGAAUGUGUGGAUUUUGAAAUCAGUCGGUCAGUCGGUUGAAUUGCAGAUCCUGGACUCUUUUUUUCUUCUUUUUUUGAAUAUGUAGAUAGUGGUGAAGCUUAGAAUGUUGGCAAUUCAUCCGCAGUUGCCGUACAUUUUUCUUUGUAUAGAAUAAUAAAAUUGUACAAGUAUCUGCAUUUUUUAUUCUCUCA